CCUCCCCAGUCCUAGAGCGGAGCAGGAAGUGUCCCAGGGGAGGGAGCCGGAGGGCUCCGGCCUUUCCUUUCCUGCGCGUCCGGCGGGCUCCGCGGCGGCCAGGCUAACGCGGCCCGCCAAAGGGGACGCGCCGCGGCGGCGCCUCCAUUUGCUGCACUAGUUCAGCCGCGUUUUCGUGCAUGAGCGGGAGACGGGGGCUCGACCAGCCAAGGAGAGAGUCCCUCGGCCUCUGGAAGGACGCCCGGGAGGCCGGGCUGGAAGGAUGAGGAGCUGCUGCCGGAGACUUCCGCAGCAGCAGGAGGGAUUGGAGUUAGACUCGGGGAAGGAGGUCCGGGCUGCGAGCUCUUUUUGUAAAGGUCUCAAGGGCAAGAACGGGGACUUUGGCUGCGAAGCCUCAAGAUAGCGGCCUAUUCACUUGUCCUGUCCAGGAGGACCUGGCCACGGAAGGGUCGUCCUCUGCUGCUGACCCCCAUCAAAUCCCAUCAUGCCCACAGCCCUGUGUCCCCGAGUCUUGGCUCCGAAAGAAAGCGAGGAGCCCAGGAAAAUGAGGAGCCCACCAGGAGAGAACCCUAGCCCCCAGGGCGAGCUUCCCAGCCCCGAGUCCUCCCGCCGCCUCUUCCGCCGUUUUCGCUACCAGGAGGCGGCGGGCCCCCGGGAGGCCCUGCGCCGCCUCUGGGACCUGUGCCAGGGCUGGCUGAGGCCCGACAGACACACCAAGGAACAGAUCCUGGAGCGACUGGUGCUGGAGCAGUUCCUGGCCAUCCUGCCCCGUGAGAUCCAGGGCUGGGUGCGGGCCCAGGAGCCUGAGAGUGGUGAUCAGGCUGUGGCGGCCGUGGAGGCGCUGGAGCGGGAGCCUGGGCGGCCCUGGCAGUGGCUCAAGCACUGUGAAGACCCCGUGGUGAUUGAUGAUGGCGAAGGCCCUCCAGACCGAGAGCCGGAGCGGCUGCCAGCAGAAGCCCAGAGCGACCUUGCAAAGAGCCAGGACAGCCAGCCCACGGCCGUAGCACAGGGCCCUGGGCUCCCGAGCAGAACCCCGGGCCAGCCCGGUGGGGAUCCAGUUCUGCAAGAGCCUGCCCUUCUUCAGGAGGCAAGUCUGAGGGAUACACAGCAGGUAACCGCCCUGCAGCUGCCCCCGAACCGGGUUUCUCCUUUCAAGGAUAUGAUUUUCUGCUUCUCCCAAGAGGACUGGUCCCUUCUAGACCCUGCGCAGACAGGCUUCUAUGGAGAGUUCAUCAUCGGGGAGGACUGUGGGGUCUCGCUGCCUCCAAGUGACCCGGGCACCCAGCUGCAUCUCUCCCAGGGAGAGGAGAACGAGCCCCGGGUUCCAGAGUUGCAGGACCUGCAAGGGAAGGACGUGCCCCAGGUUUCUUACUUGGACUUCCCAGGUCUCCAGCCAUUCCAGGUGGAAGAGAGAAGGAAACGGGAUGAGCUGCAGGUGCCCGAGUUCCAGACCUGCCAGCAGACGGCACUCACCCAGAGCACCUGCCCAGCUUUAAACGUGCCCUAUGACAUUAGCCGGAGGGACGCGCUGACCCCCGAGAACGGCCUGGACGAGGAGGUGACCAUCGAGAUCGUCCUGUCCAGCUCUGGAGACGAGGACUCCCCUCGCCCUUACUGCACUGAUGAGCCGCGGGGCCCCGCCGAGAAGCCGCGCAGCCUCCCCGCCUCCCACCGCAGCGGCGCAGAGCCUGGGGACGAGGUGCAGACGUCAUCCAAAAAGUCCUACAUCUGCCCCAACUGCGGGAAGAUCUUCCGCUGGAGGGUCAACUUCAUCCGGCACCUGCGCAGCCGCAAGGAGCAGAAGCCGCACGAGUGCUCGGUGUGCGGGGAGCUGUUCAGCGACAGCGAGGACCUGGACGGCCACCUGGAGAGCCACGAGGCGCAGAGCCCUAACCGCUGCUGCGCCUGCGGAAAGAGCUUCCGCCUCAACUCGCACCUGCUGUCUCACAGGCGGAUACACCUGCCGACGGGUGGACUGGAGCCGGUGCCAAAGACCGAGCCGAACGCGGCGGGGGCCGUGGGCGGGGGCCCGGGCGGCCUGCUAGCCUUCCAGUGCUGUGACUGCGGGGGCGUCCAGCGGCCGGAGCACCUGGCGCGGCACCGCAGCAGCGCGCACCUACGGGGCACGGCGCAGCCCUUCCAGUGCCGCUACUGCGUCAAGAGCUUCUCUCAGAACUGCGACCUGCUUCGCCACCAGCGCCUGCACUUGAAGCGUCGCUCCAAGCAGGCCCUCAACUCCUACUGAGGCGGCCCGGCCUGGCCCCUCCCGCGGUGCACCUGCCCGGGACAGAAGCUCCGUCCUCCCACCCUUCGC